UUGAUCAAUCCACUGCUCAGUCAAUGAUGCAGGACAGUACCACAGACACCAUGAUUCAUAUGCAACAAGAUGCAGCCAUGGUGUCACCGGCUGGAGGUGACCCAUUUCGGAAAACGGCCUAUUUUCUCAAACCCAUUGUCCCUUCCUCCAUUGUUGAACCUCCUGCUGAUAUUUCCAAGUGUUUUACUUCCCUUCCAAUACCUUUAGAGCCCAAGAAAUUGGAGCUUGAAAUCCGUGGGUGGUAUCUCAACCACAAAGAUUUGAAGACCUGGGCAGAGCACUUGGCUUCGACUCACCAAGGAAUGUGGAAGAGAGCUGGUAUUUAUGACGCCAUCUUCAAUUCCAUGUAUGAAAUCCGAAAGAAGAAGGAUUUGAUUUGUGGGCUUGGAGAGACGUGGUGUUCUGAGACCAACACGUUCGUGUUUUCUUGGGGAGAAGCGACUGUUACUUUGGAAGAUGUGAUGAUUCUUGGUGGGUUCUCUGUUUUGGGUGACUCUGUUUUUAGUCCUCUUGAAAACAGAGAAAUGAGGGAAGUGGAGAAAGCACUUGAGGGGGUGAGAUUGGGACUUCAAAAUAGAAGACGUGAUAAGAGCUGGAGAGUUGCUUUAACAGAUUUGUGGAUGAGGGAGUUCAUGAAGAGUGGGAGUGAGUUGGAGCAUGAGGCGUUUCUUGUGUUUUGGUUGUCUAGGUAUGUUUUCCAAGAUGCUCGUGAUGUGGUGAACAAGGCUGUGUUUCCAAUUGCAAUAAGGUUAGCUAGAGGGAUUCGGAUUGCGCUCGCGCCGGCUGUUCUUGCCAAUAUUUACAGGGAUCUGAGUGUGCUGAGGACGGGUAUUGUGGGUUCGAAUGAGUUGAGAGUGAUGAUGAAGUCGCCGUUUCAUUUGGUUCAGGUUUGGGCUUGGGAGAGAUUUCUGGAACUUAGGCCAAGGCCUAAUGGUGUUAGGAAUGCUGAGCUGAGAUUGGCUCGGUGGGAUAAAGUGUAUGGUCUAAAUGUUGAGGACUUGAGGAGGGUUCUUAAUUCAGCCGGAGAGGGUUUCUUGUGGCGCCCUUAUGCCAUGGAUGUUGACAAUGGGAAGCUCCCCAAGUAUUUUCUAGAGGGGGACAAGUGGGUAAUGGUUGGUCCGGGUAUGAAUGAUGAUGAACUGUUGUCAUUUUCCAUAUGCCUGAGGGUGAAUGAGUUGGUUGGAUUUGGUACUAAGCAGCAAUACCUUCCACACCGAGUGGCUAUGCAAUUUGGUUAUGAUCAGGACAUCCCGGAUUUCGUAGCUCCUUUGAAUCACAAUACUAAUAUGACAUGGAAGCAGUACUUGGAAAAACUUGAGAAUGUUGUAUUGUAUAUACCGUCGAGGCUUUCUGAGGCGGAUGUUAGCACAAGAUACAUGAAGUGGUGGAAGGAAUCCAUGGCAGGCCUCAAACACAGAAGAAUGCCUCUACAAAAGAAAGCAAUGGCAGCUGUCAAUGAGAUUUAUGAUGUCGACAUGCCUUCUAUGCGUUCUCCAAAGAAUAUUGCAGAAGGAUUGGUGGAGGUUUCUGCAGGAACGAAUGUAUACGAAAGUAAUGCCUCCCUUGUGCCUCCCGGAUUCCCUCCCAAAAGGAAUAGGCUGGAAGUUGGAGAUCCUAUCAUUCCUAUGGAUGAUGAUAACCUAACUAUAUCUGAGGCUUUAAAAGUUGGGAAGAAGCUUAAAACUGAUGAAACUAGAAUAGGCAGCGAUUGGCAGAAAUUUUCAGCUGAUCAUGAUAGGAUACUGGCAUCUUCAGCUGCAGAUGAAUAUUCUGUUAAUACUUUGACAUCAGAAGAAUAUGAGAAAGACAUUGCAUGGUACGGUAAGGGUACCAGGAAGCCGAGAAAGGUAAAGAGGAGUAAGACAGCAACUCAAAGUGAAGAUAUGGUAUGCAUCAUUCGCAAUGAAUGUCGAAGCAGAACCUCUCCAAUUGAGGAACAUGAAUGUGCUAGCCACAGCUCUUUAUUUGAGAAACUGGAAUGUGGUCACAGCAGCUCUUCAUGUGAAAAGAGGGUUUCAGAACUUAAAUCUAGGAUUACAAAGCUUGAAAAGAUAGUUGAGAUUUUGAAAAAAAUAUAG